AUGUCUGGUCGAGGCAAGGGCGGCAAAGGACUUGGGAAAGGAGGCGCUAAGCGUCACCGCAAAGUCCUUCGCGAUAACAUCCAGGGAAUCACCAAGCCCGCGAUUCGUCGCUUGGCUCGUCGAGGUGGCGUCAAGCGUAUCUCCGGCCUCAUUUACGAGGAGACCCGAGGGGUACUGAAAGUGUUCCUGGAGACCGUCAUCCGCGAUGCUGUUACCUACACUGAGCACGCCAAGAGGAAGACUGUCACCGCAAUGGAUGUUGUCUAUGCGCUGAAGCGACAGGGCCGCACCCUGUAUGGCUUCGGUGGGUAA